AUGCAUCAAGACAGAUAGACUAAUAGAUCUUAUGAUAGAGCUGAGAGAAAUCUAAGUAAUAUGCAAACAAGCACAGCAGCUGGUACUAAUCAAUACUCACAGCAAAAUAAAUACAUGUCUAAUGGUGUAAGCACAAAUAGCAUCCUUCAUUAAUCCAGGAUUGAAAGUCACAGCAUAGGCGGCAUUGAUAAUAUUCACAUAAAAUUCAGUAAGAGCAUUUAGCAGCAAUAUAGGCCUGACCCAGGUGCAAUAAAGAAACCUGAGAAAAUGUUGAAUCAGUCAUCUUAGGAAAGACUCGAUCAAUUGGUAACUAAUCAAAGUGCACUAAGUGGAUUUGCCUCAAAUAGAUAUCAUGCACCCUCUCUAAAUAUUAUUGCUGAAAAAUCUAUGAGAAAACAAUAAACCACAUAAACUCAAUCACCUAGAGAUGGUAAGGAAGGGGAGAGAAGUUUAUUCACUUCCAAGCUUAGCUAAUUGACAGAAAAGACCGGCGUGGAAUACGUAUUCCCAGCUGUUUCCCCUGUAACUGGUAUAAAUCUUGCAGCAAUACUUUAGAAGCAUCAGUUGAUAGAGAGGUAAAUUAAGCAGCGCAGACAUGAAAAGCAAACACAAUCUUUUUUCAAAGCUAAAAGAAAAGCGAAUCAUGAUUCCGAAGAAGAAGAAGAUGACGACGAAAACUAAAAUGGGUUUCUAAUAACUGCUACUAAAACUAACUUCAACAAGAGAUAAAAGAGGGCAAAGGUGCUUGGGUCCAAGAAAUCUGAUAGAUCAGUGAAUUUAUUCUCUUAAGGGAAAUAAAAUUCUUCAUCAAAUCAUUCAUCAUAUUCAAGAUCUCCAUCUUCAACUGAGUCAGAUGAGGAAGGAACAUAGAAUCUAAAUAAAAGGAUAUAUACACCCUUUAAAUCUAAGAGAACUGGGGAGUCAGCCCUGAUGAACUAUUAAAAUCUAUGCUCUUAAGGCAAUCGCAUUGUUGAGAAGCACGAUCUCUAAGGCAAACAAGUCAAGAGUCCACUUUUGACUUAUCUUAAUGAAAUUGAUAGGAGUAAAGUAUCUCCCAAAGGAUUUGGGUUAGUUCAUAGGAAAAAGAAAGACGAGAUAAACAUUGGCUCGUUUUAUUUGAAUGAUCAGUAUAUUGAAGCAUUUUCUAAGGGUAUUAGUAAGUCUAAGCAUGUGAGUAAAUUAAACUUAUCUCGUAACCAGCUUACCACUAAUAGACUUAUAAAAAUCAUACAGAUGAUCCCAAAGACUUUAAAGGAACUAAAUCUGAGUAAUAAUCCUGGAGUAACCAUUGAAGCCUACCAAACAAUUUGUGAGGUCAUCAUUGAGAACAAUUAGUUUAAACUUGAAAGAUUGAUUUUAGAGGGAUGCAGAAUUAAUGAUCCAAUAGCAUCUAUUUUAGCUAGAGCUAUUGAGUAUAAUCAGACCUUGCGCUUUCUAGAUCUAAGCAAGAAUGAAAUAAGAGAGACUGGAGCUAAAGAUUUAGCUUAGAUGAUAGUAAAUAAUGCUAGUCUUGCUGUUCUAUUCUUGCAUUGGAAUAAGCUAUAAAGCAAAGGGGGAUCAUACAUUGCUAAAGCAAUGUCUAAAAAUCAAAAUAUUCAGAUCCUUGACAUGUCUUUCUGCUCGCUUGGAAGCAGCAGAGAAAAUUCUGAGAAUGUUCUAUAGAUGUAGAUAUAGCAGUUGAAGUAGCUUAAGGCUAGUAUAGAUACUGGGGCAAAUGGCUAGCAAUCUCAGAUGAAGACUUCACCUCGAUAAAAUAUAUAGAUUAAUUUGGCUCAAGCUUAAGAUUGGAAGGACUUCUUUGUGAGCAACAACAAACUAGUGCAUCUCGAUCUAUCCUAGAACGGGUUUUGCAAGCAAGAGGUUGAGAUUAUGGGCAUUCAUAUGCUUGGGAAUGAGGCAAUUACAGACGCCUUUGGUUUUGUGAUUCCAUCAGGCGAUAAAUCCUACGAUGAAUCCAAGAAUCACGUCUUCACAAGAAUUAAACGUAAAAUAUUUCAAAUCUUAAAAUACUUAGCAUCUCUUGAAACAGGCCAGAUAAAAAAUAAAGGUUUAAUUAAGUUGAAAGCCUCAUCAAACUGCUGGAUAUGCGAGGGAUGGACAGAGUUCAAGUUUACCUUCAAGACUAGAGAAGAAAUAGACUUGCAAACCGUGCCAGUGCAGCUGCAUCUCUCAUCAGAUUCCUAUGCAGGAGAGUUACUUGAAAGAGAUCCUUUAGAAACUGAUGGAUACCUCUUCGUUACAACAAGAAUGGUUCCUCCUGGGGAAGUAACUUACUACUUCUCAGUAGGUGGUGUGCAGCAGAUAAAUGACGAGUAAAGUGCAGUUAGCUCCCAUUAUGCUGAGAAAUCAAGAAAGCUUCAUAAACUAAACGUGCCUAGGACUAACAUCAUUGAGAAUGUUAUUCAAACUCAGCAGCUAAUCACCUAGACUUACUUGACUGAUAUGCGAUGCGUGCCCAGACCGCCCCCUAAAAACCUCAAGGGAAGGGAAAAACUCAAGACUCCUUGGGAUUUCUUUAAGUCAGUUUUCAGGGAUUACAGACCUGACACAGAUGCCCUUCUGGAUGAGUGUUUCGAAUUCGACUGGUCCUCUUCUAAAAUAGAAAAGAUCGUCAAAGGAGAAGAUGAAAUCGCUAAGUGCAAGGCUUAUUUACGAACUGUAUACAAAUAUGUUCGAGAAACAUAUAAGUUCUACUCAGCUGUAGAUCCAGUGGCUAAUAUAUGCUCAAUCGGUACUAACAUCUAUACUGAGAUCAUCAACAACUGCAGGGAUUUCAUUGAUGGUAAAACCUUUAAGAUCAGUGACUUGGAUUUGGAAUUUGUGGCAACUAACUCUGGAGUGAAGAAGCAUAACCCUAGAAACCCUGAACGCUAGCUUAUCAGAUAUCAAUUUCUAGAAGUCCUUGUCAGACUUGCCAUAGAUAAGUUCAUUAAGAGUGGCUAAACCAAAUCUUAUUUUGAAGCUUUGAACAUGGCUUAUGAAAAUCACUUCCUAAGUUUGUUCAAGACGUUUGACUGUCAUAAUUUCAGACGAGAAAGACUGUGGAAUGAAGAGUGCGAUGUCACUCUAAGACGUUUGCUAAAGAUUAUUCAAGCUUUAUAUUAAAAGUUCUCAGGUAAAUACGCUCUACCUGGCCAGUAGAAAUUCAUGUCUUUAGAUGAGUUUGUGGAGAUGGUCACAACCUCUGGUGUGGUAGAUGAUAGUUUCGGCAGCAGAGAAAUAGGCCCCCUCUUUAAUCUGUCUAUGAUGACUCAGAAGAAUGAACUGGACUAUGAUCGUCACUUAAACAUGACUAUGCCUGAAUUUAUCGAAGCUAUUGGUAGAGUUGCUGAUAAAUUGACUUAGCUACCCGAUUUCUACCCUGAGAACACGACCUAGAACAAGUAUAAACUGGAUAAGAAAAUUGAAAGUUUCGUUAUUGUACUCUGCAGGAAUACUUUGCCCAAGUCCACUGCAGAUAUUCUCGAUAAGCAGUAUAAAAUUGCGAUUGAAGCUGAGCUGUCUUAGCCUAAGAGAACGAAGUUUUAGGUGUCAAACAGAAAGUAUUGA